AUGAGUAUACUGCAGAAAAUCGCCGAAAUAGAGGCUGAGAUGGCCCGGACGCAGAAAAACAAGGCGACCAUGGGCCAUAUCGGCCUCUUGAAGGCUCGUUUGGCAAAGCUUCGUCGCGAGCUUAUUGAACCUAAAGGGGGCGGUGGUGGCGGUGGUGGAGAAGGUUUUGAUGUUGCCAAAACUGGUGAUGCUCGUGUUGGAUUUGUUGGUUUCCCUUCUGUGGGAAAGUCUACUUUGCUGACCAACCUGGCUGGCGUCUACUCCGAGGUGGCUGCAUAUGAAUUUACCACCCUGACCACAGUACCAGGUGUAAUUCGUUAUAAGGGCGCCAAAAUCCAGCUCCUGGAUCUCCCUGGUAUUAUUGAAGGAGCUAAGGACGGCAAAGGUCGUGGUAAGCAGGUCAUUGCCGUGGCGCGAACUUGUUCUCUAAUCCUGAUGGUGCUUGAUGUUCUUAAGCCUCUUCAACACAAGCGUCUUCUUGAGCACGAGUUGGAGGGCUUUGGAAUUCGACUAAAUAAAGAGCCCCCUAAUAUCUCUUUUCGUAAAAAAGACAAGGGUGGCAUUAAUUUUCAGUCCCUUGUUCCUCUUACUGAGCUUGACAAAGACACCGUCAAGACCAUUUUGAAUGAGUACAAGAUCCACAAUGCGGAUGUCACUUUCAAGUGUGAUGCUACUGCUGAAGACUUAAUUGAUGUGAUUGAAGGAAAUCGCGUUUAUGUCCCCUGCAUCUAUGUUCUUAAUAAAAUCGAUCAAAUUUCCAUUGAGGAACUUGAUAUUAUUUGCAGAGUCCCACAUUGCGUACCGAUUUCGGCGCAUCACAAAUGGAAUUUUGAUGAGUUGUUGGAAAAAAUGUGGGAUUAUCUCAAUCUCGUUCGUAUCUACACGAAACCGAAAGGUCAGCUACCUGAUUAUACUUCCCCGGUUAUUCUUAAAUCAGUAGCGCAUACUGUCGAGGAUUUUUGCAAUAAAAUUCAUAGGAACAUCAUCAAGGAGUUUAAGUAUGCUAUUGUUUGGGGUUCAUCAGUAAAACACCAGCCUCAGAGAGUUGGCAAGGACCACAUUCUCGAUGACGAAGAUGUUGUCCAAAUUGUCAAGAGGUGA